AUGCAAGCCCUGCUCUUCUCGGCAACGUUUUAUGGUGGUCUGGUGACGAUAGCGAUUUCGGGAUAUUUUGCGGAUAAAUUUGGACCAAAAGCAAUUCUAUUAGUUGCAACUGGCUUCGUCUUUCCAUGCCUGAACUCCAUGGCCGCCAAAUGGUUCCCUCCUAGUGAAAAAUCGACUGUUGGAGCGCUUUAUACAAGUGGGAAUCAACUGGCCGCCGGGUUGACCUCUUUCAUCGCCGCUAGCCUGUGUUCAUCUCCAUUAGGAUGGCCUUCGAUUUUCUACAUAUUCGGCGGACUCGGGCUGAUCUGGGCGCUAGCAUGGCAAAUCUUUGCCACAAAUUUUCCAAGUGAAAACCAGUGGACCUCAGCCGAGGAAUUAAUGUACAUCGAGAAGAAUCUAGCGGCCAAGCAUCACUCUCAAAUUUUUAAGGACAACAAAGUCCCGUGGAAGCAGCUGCUAAUUAGCCGAUCAUCCUUGGCCAUCUAUACAAGCCAGUUCAGCUACAAUUUUUCGGCAGCAAUUAUGCAAGCAUUUUUGCCGACCUAUUUCAAAGAAGUUCUGUAUAUCCCGAUUCAUAUGAAUGGACUUUUCACAAUGGUCCCCUUCAUCUCGCAAUUGAUAUCGAAAAAUAUCUUUGGCUUGUUGUCGGACUAUAUGAAACGGCAUCAAAUUUUGAAGCCGGAUGCUUCGGUCAAGAUUUUUCAAGGGAUUGGAGCCGUUGGUUCCGCUUUAUCACUAUUUGCUUUGGCUACGCUACCAUCCUGUCGACACCCAUAUAUCGCACUACCAAUCUUGAUGAUAUAUGGUAUCUCAUUCUCCGCCGGGAUCUGUGGCUUUUUCACAUCGCUAAUAUCGAUUGCCCCUCCGUAUUCUGGCACGAUGACCUCAAUAUCGAUGACCUACGCUACGGUGGCCAAUUUUAGCGGGCCACUGCUACUGUCGCUAAUUGAUGUUAUGGAAUGGCCCCACAAAUGGUUGAUCACGUUCAGCUUCGCCGGGUUGCUAAAUAUCUUCUCCGGGAUUUUCUUCAUCUUCAAUGGCGUGGGCAAGGUUCAACCCUGGGCGGAAUCGAUUGAAAAAUCUCGAGAGCGAACUGUCAGUGUAAUUGAA